AUGUUACUUUCGAAACUAUCUAUUCUGCUUGCCAAAUGGCUGUCCGUUGCUGUGUAUGCCGGAACUCUUGUCCAUGAUGAACAGUUCAUCCCGGACCAUAUUCUCAGGGUAUCCGUUGCCCAGGUGCCCUCGGCUUGCGAGAACCGGGAAGACGUUGUCGUCAACGGGACCUCACCGGGGCCUGCCAUACACUUGCUUCCUGGCGCUAGGACUUGGAUCCGUGUCUACAAUGACAUGAAUGACCGGAACCUUAGCAUGCAUUGGCACGGCCUUUCUCAGCGAUUCGCCCCGUUCUCCGACGGGACACCAUCCGCAACGCAAUGGCCCAUACCGCCCGGGCACUUCUUCGACUACGAAAUUCUGACCGAACCAGAAGACGCAGGGACAUACUUCUACCAUUCACACGUGGGCAUGCAGGCGCUGAGCUGCACCGGGCCCUUGAUCGUGGAGGACUGUGGAUCAUCACCGUACCACUACGACGACGAGCGAAUACUGCUAUUCCAAGACCACUUCCAGAAGAGCGAUCUCGAAAUGAUUCAAGGCCUGACGUCAACGCAGUUCACGUGGACCGGCGAGACACGGGGUAUCUUACUGAACGGCAGGGGCGUCUCGCCGAACCAAGCAGCCGUCCAGGGCCGACCAGGCGAAGCCAGCGGCUUCUUUGGAAGCCACCGUUUCUCAAAUUUCCGCGCGGGUGAUGGCACCUCCAACUCCUGGGAUGGGAUACGUGGCGAUGAUCAGAUCGAACCUCCAACUGACUGCACUCUCCCGGUCAUCGAUGUCGAGCCGGGCAAGACUUACCGGCUCCGCUUCAUUGGUGCCACAGGCCUGUCCCUUUUGACGAUGGGUUUCGAGGAUCACAACGAUCUCACUAUUGUUCAGGUCGACGGCAGCGAGUACAAUGCGCCGGUAACGGUUGACCAUAUCCAGCUCGGCGGAGGUCAACGUUUCGACGUUCUUCUCCGCACCAAGACGGCCGAGGAGCUCAGAUGCAACGGCGACAAGACCACCUAUUUCCUGCAAUUUGAAACCCGCGAUCGUCCCGAUCCCUACCGCGGCUAUGGCGUCCUACGGUAUAAUCUCGGCACUCCGGUCCCCGCCGCCCCCACGACUCCGGCGCUCACUCUCCCGGCCGAAGUCAACAACUGGCUGGAAUACACUUUCCAGCCACUUCAUCCUUCGAGCAGCUUGUCUCCCACGGCCGAAGAGGUCACCCGCCGCGUCAUUCUCGAAGCCGAGCAAAAGAUCGACCCUGCAACCGGUCGCCUUGUCUGGAAGCUCGCGCACAUGACCUGGACUGACAUGUCACGCGACAAGCCGGUGCUAGUCGACAUAUACGAGCGCGGGGAGGCCGCCAUGCCGGACUAUGCCGCGGCGCUGACCAACUACGGCUGGGAUCCGGCAACGAAGCUGUUCCCCGCGAAGAAAGACGAGGUGCUCGAGAUUGUGAUCCAGAACACGGGAUCGCACUACAGCGGUGCCAGCGGCAUCGUCGAGACGCACCCCUUCCACGCCCACGGUCAGCACUUCUACGAUGUGGGCAGUGGGCCCGGCAAGUACGAUCCCGAGGCCAAUAACGCCAAGCUGGCGAGCUUGGGAUACCGGCCAAUCAAGCGGGACACGACAAUGGUGUACCGGUACGGCGAAGGCAAGGUGGCGCCCGGCGAGCCGGCCGGGUGGAGGGCGUGGAGGAUGAAGAUGAACAAUCCUGGCGUGUGGAUGGUGCACUGUCACAUUCUGGCACACAUGAUCAUGGGCAUGGAAACGAUCUGGGUGGUCGGAGACGCCGAGGACAUCGUCACAAUUCCGUUGUCUGUGAGCCAGAACUACUUCACAUACGGCGGCAGCGUCUACGGAAAUGAUACACACGCCCCAGAGGUUUAUCACUAUUUCGACGACACGAACAAAUGUUGUGCCGCGGGGGCCGGGGAUAGUGAGGAUUCCGGUCACUAA